CUAUCUAUCAUCCAUCCAUCCAUCCAUCCAUCCAUCCAUCCAUCCAUCCAUCCAGUCUCCCAGGAGGACCACAGUGCUCGGGCUUCAUUUGCAUGUGUGUUGCUGAGCCAUGGAGAUGAAGGGCUGAUAUACGGAACCGAUGGCCCAGAAAAGUUUGAAAAUCUGACACAAUACUUUAAAGGAGAUCGCUGCAAGACUCUGGUGGGCAAACCAAAACUCUUCUUCAUACAGGCGUGCCGUGGUUCAGACCUAGACGGUGGAGCCCUCAUCGAGGCCGACAGCGUAGAUGUGCAAACAACAGAGAGGAUUCCUGUGGAGGCAGAUUUCCUCUAUGCUUAUUCCACUGCUCCAGGCUACUACUCCUGGAGGAACACGUCGUGCGGCUCCUGGUUCAUGCAGUCGCUGUGCGAGAUGUUGCAGCGUUACAGAAAAGAGCUGGAACUGAUGCAGAUCAUGACCCGAGUCAACCGAAAGGUGGCGAUGCAGUUUGAGUCAAACUCCUCCCUACCCGGCUUUAGUGGCAAGAAGCAGAUCCCAUGCAUCGUCUCAAUGUUGACCAAGGACUUCUACUUUCCUGUCUAGACUUAGAUGUUCUUCUUUUUUUUUUUACCUACAAGAUGUGCUGGUGCCGAGUCCAAUUUCAUAUUGAUCUAUUCCUAUUGAUUUCUGCUGUCUUUGGCCGAAUGUCUUUUAUUA